UGUGUACAAAGCACGCUGCGGUUACGACUAGUCAGGCUGAGUGCGCGCUGUUAUGUGACCAUAUCGCAAUGAUAUUCGCACAUCGAAAAGUACUUGCAAGUCUAUGAUUGGCGAAUAUUUGAACUGAUCACGUGUUCCUAGAGAACUGGUCCAAUUAUAAUCGGAAUUGCUAUGAUUCGAAUGUUUCUGUUCGCACUAUCAACGUAGAUAUGCAGAGGCAAACACUCUCGAAUGGUGGACGUAGUCAAAGUCUUUACGCGUCUCUCAUAUAUUCACGAAGCAUCCGUGACAAAACGUGUUAUAAAAUCAUAGUUAUGUAUCUUUAGUUCCUAUUUAAUCUAUGAAACCAAACUGCUACGAAUAUGUGUGUAUAUGGGUGUUAAUAAGAGUUAAAUAACCACGAAUACUAGGAGAAUGUUGUGUUCCUAUGCUUUCAUUAUCUUACUGGAUAUUAUAAAUAAAUUUCAUCUUCAGCUGAACUAGUUUCUGCUUAUGAGAAAGAGCUCAUCUCACCAGCGUUCUUAGAAGGGACGAAAUGAGACAGCGCCAUAGCUAACCAACAGCUGGCCUAGAGGGCCUAGAGCGCCUUGAGUACUAGAGAAAAAGAUUGCAGCACUGGAAAACUGGAAAGAAAGGAAGCACUUGUGAUACACAAAUCAGAAUGGGACAGGAUCAGAGCACAAACACAAUUACUGCAAAAGGAUGAGGAAUAUAGUGAACAGCAGCAUAUGUUACAAGAAAAAUUAAAAGAGAAAUCAAAAUUAAUGAUAAAAGAUUGGGAAAAUACAUUGCAGAAUAUGCAAGAACGAAGGUUAGCAGCUAGUAAAGCAAGACUUGAAGCUAUUGAGAAGAGGAGGAUUGAUGCCCAAAAAGCAUUUAGAAAGGAGCAAGAAGCAGAGAGAAGAGAGUAUCUUAAGAAGUGUCAAAAAUCCCUGUUUUACAACCAGGACAACGUUAAAGUCCUGAAUCAAGGCCUCAGAUUUUCAGAGAUCCUAAGAGUACGAGAGGCACAGAUUAAAUACAAUGAGAAAUUAAAGGCACUGGAAGAGAAGAAAAAAGAGGAAUAUGCAGAGAAAUGUAAAGAAGAUGUAGAACGAUAUAAGAAAGAGAAACAACUAGAAGAGAGGAAGAGGACUGAAAAGAUGAACAAGAAUAAAGAAGAUUUACUAGCACAAAUCAAAGAAAAAAAAUGGAUAAAAGUGGAAGAGGAGCAGAGAAAACAACAGGAGAGAGAAGCUCUAAUAAACAUGAGAAAAGAAAUUGAAAUGGCAGAGAAAUCUGCAGAAGAUGAGAUUGUUAAGAAGAAGGAAACUUUCAGACAACAGAUCAAGGAUUUUCUGGACAAAGAGAAAGAGUUCAAAGAAACAAAGAAACAUGAAGAAGAGCUAGAACAGAAACUUAUUGAAAUAUAUGGAAGGUCCAAACGAAAAAUUGAAAAAAUGCAGAAAGAUAAAGUAGAGGAACUUAUAAAUGAUUCACUAAGCAGGAAAGAAAAAGUCAGAGAUUAUCUAGCUCAGCUCAUACAGAAAAAGGAAGAUGAUGACAAUGCAAUAAUAGAGAGAGCAGCCGCAGAAAAGAAGGCAAUAGCAGAGGAGAAGAGACUGAAGAAACUAGAACAUGAGAAGUACUUAAAAGAGGAAAUGAUAAAAUCUUAUAAAGAAUUCUUGAAACAGGAGGCACAAUCCAAGAAACACAAACAAGAAUUAAGGAAACUGGAAAUAAUACAGAGAUUAAAGGAGAAUGAAGCCAACCAAAAAAUUUACAAAGAGAGCUAUGAGAAGAACAUUAAAGAUGCAGAAGAAACCCAAAACAGUUAUGAAAAACAAAUUAAAGAAAAGGAGGAGGUUAUUAGGAAAGACCGUGAAGAAGAAAAGAAAGCUCUCAGACAGACAUUGAAAGUGUAUGAUGAAGAUAAGAAGGCUUUCUUCGAUUAUGCUGAUGAAAUUAUAGAUGAGUCAAAAAAGAAAGGGCGUAAUCUGUAUCCAAUAUUGCGUGCCAUACAGGAUUAUAAGAAGAAAAGUGGCCUCACCAGAAGUCAGAAGAAUCCAGCUAUGACAGAAUCCAAGAUAACAUUUGGUCCACAAGCAGAGAAAACACAACCUUGAUCCUGGGGAUACCGUGUACCAUUUGCAAUGCAGAAAUAAUUACCGAGAAAUUCUAAAGUGAAGUCAUAAAAUCUGUUAACAAUUUCACAUUUAUACAUUUAUGAUUCUUAUACAUACCUUACAUGUUAUGCCUGAUGUCUGACAUAACAGUCUGUUCAGAAUUCUAAGAAUGCUUCUAAUAUCACAAAAGAGAAUUUAGUUAGGAAUUAAAAGGAACUGUUGAAACCAUUAAAGAAAUCAGAGAACAUAAAAUACUUUAAGAAUAAUGUAUUUCUUUUAAGUCACAAUUUAUAAGUAAAAAAUGAGAAAUAGAAAACUGAGCAGUAUCUUCAGAUUGAAAUACAAUACUGUCAGAUUUACGCUGUUACCAUUGUACAUCAAUGUCCUUCAAUGUUGAAACAUUCAAAAUAAAAUAUAUCAUACAGACACACUUUAAACUGAGAACUGUUCUCACUCAGUCCCAUUAAUUAAUUAAUUAAUGUUGACAGUUGUAUAAUACUACUACAGAGUAAUAUACAACACAAAUAAUAAUGAAUAUUCUUUACAUUUAGGUAACAGCAACAUCAGUAAACUACGAGGAACUUAGAUGAAUGGGUGUGCAGGAACAAAAUCCUAUUUUACAGGACAUAAGACAAAACUGUUUCCUUUUCUAUAAGUCAACAGACUAGAAUACUGCAUUGCAUUCUUGUUAUUUGAAACAUUUCUGCCACUAUAAAAUAUACGCUCAUUCAUAUUUAAAGUAGGAAUUGGAACCAACCUGGGUAAUGUGAAAAACCACUCUGGUUAACCUUAAGUGAUUCAAACCGAUGUUUCAGUUGGUUCAAGUCUAUAUGAACUUGAGCUAAACCUAACAUGUUAAUAAUCAUUAGAACAAAUCACUUUCUUGUAGUCCUAUAUCCAUCAGCUGAAGUCCACACAGCCUUGAAUUUGGCAAGAUUUUUAUCAGAAUCUACAGGCAAUCACAGUACUGUGAAAAGAACCAAAACCAAUAUUUAACUAAACCUGAAACAAACUUGGUUGGUAAUAAAAAUCUGAAACCUGCCAUAUCAUUUUUAGAAAAAUGAUGCUGCCAACUAAAUCAAUUAACUUUUUGUAUUUCAGAUGUUACACAAAGAACAAGAACCACUGUCUGCAUUCUGAAAGCAGAUGUGUACACACAAUCAUGCAUAUACAUUUUUAGGAAUAAGGUAACCCUAGCUUUGGUCUGAGUAAAGUUUCUAACUUACAGAAUCU